AUGUCGGUGGCAUCGCUAGUUCCUGCGAACAGCCAGAGAAGCGGAGUGACGGCUGUGAAGUCCUUCGAAGACUUCCUUGCAAAUAAGGAGGUGACGCUCACAGAAGUGCAUGAUCGUAUUUCUAAGGACAGCACAGCGGUCGCUCUUGCCCUUCAACCCGCUCCAGGAACUCGCAUCUUCCCGCAAUUUGCUGCCGUACCUGCACUGUCCGCGUCCGACGACCAAGACGACGAUGGCGAGCUGGGGCUGAUUGCGCAGCUAGACCGCGAGCUUGCGGAAGCACCUACAUGCAAGACUCCACAGCCAUGUCGAGCCAACUCGGCCCCUGGUGCCCAAGCUUAUAUCAAUAGACUAUUAGUCACGGUUAGUGGACUGCCAGCAGCAAAGGAGAGUGGACUCACGAAGGGACUUACCUCGCACUCCUUCAGAAGAGGUGGGGCCAUGCACGCCAACGCCGACAGUCGCAUUAGCCCGAACCGGGUUGUUGAACGCGGGGGCUGGAAUAUGUCGCGCGUGAGCAAGGCGUUUUCCUACAUGCUAAACACAACACACGAUGAUCAACAAGUUGCGCGCCAAUUGAGCGGGUGGAACCCGCAAGCGGGCGCCCGACUUCCAGACCUUACCGCCUUGGACGGAGUCGUCCGAGCGCGCGUGGAGAAGCUGCAGGAUCUCCUCUUCGCUGCUGUCACUGGUUUCCCGACAGUGUCUUGGAACUUGGAUCCUUAG